AUGUUUACAGAACCGAAGCCUCUAAUGGCCGACAAAGCAGCUGAUGAUCCCUCGCUAGGUCAACCCACUGUUGUGCAAUGGUCAGGCCCAAAUGAUCCCGAGAACCCAUACAACUGGUCCGUCAAAAAGAAAUGGUUCGCAGUAGGCCUGGGCCUCUUUGCAACGUUCAUAUCAAUGAUGAACGGCACAAUCAUCACGACAGCCCACGAAGCCAUCGGUGCAGACUUCAAUGUGAGCGAUGAGAACUUUCCACAUUCCUAUUGGCCCGUUGCAUCUUGGGGUCUGGGAGGCGCCAUUUUCUCUCUGGUACUGCUCCCAAUCAUGGAGGAUUUUGGCAUGAGGAUCGUGUUUCUCUUGGUUUAUACCGUGUUCCUAUGCUUUCUGAUACCGGUUGGAGUGGCGCCGAACUAUGAGACUCUUAUCAUCACGAGAUUCUUCAGUGGUGGGUGCUGCACUAUUCUCGCAAAUGCCGUGGCCGGGAUUAUAGGGAAUGUCUUUGCCACUGAUAGGGCGCGGACGAUACCUACAGGGCUAUAUAUCAUGAUUUAUCUGAACUCGAGCAGCCUUGGACCUGUCGUGGGAGCUGCCAUUUUCCAAUUCCUGCCUUGGCGAUGGAUUGGAUACAUCGAACUUAUCUGGACAGGAGUUUUCUUUCCUAUCUUUAUUCUGGCUAUGCCUGAGACGAGAGGAUCUGCAAUUUUGACUGCGCGAGCAAAGAAGCUUCGCAAACAAGGACAAAACGCAUACAGUCAGAAAGAACUCGACUCCAAGUCCAUUAUGCACGACAUAUGGAUUAGUAUUCAAAGACCUUUAUAUAUGCUCUGCACCGAAAGCGUAGUCUUCAUCAGCACGAUCUGGACAGCUUUCAGUCUCGGUGUCAUCUAUGUGUUCACCCAAUCUGUCGAACAAGUCUUCAGCGAACUCUACGGAUGGAACGCCGUAGAGGCAGGUUAUGUACAGGCCUCUAUCGUUAUUGGCGAGAUUCUCGGCUUCGGACUUUGUGUCUUGACGAAUAAUUGGUAUUACGCUUCAGCAUCGCGCAACAAAGAAGAACCCGGCACGCCUAUACCCGAAGCUCGACUUUACGUCGCUGUCGUUGGAGGUUUCAUUGGAGUGACUGGAGGCAUGUUCGUGUACGCUUGGACGAGCUUUUCAUGGGUGACCUGGGUGGGCCCUGCAUUUGGCUUGAUGCUUGUUGGGCUUGGAACGGAAGCUGUUGUCGUUAGUAUCGCGAAUUAUUUGAUCGAUGCUUAUAGCAACUAUGCUGGAAGUGCAAUUGGGGCUACUGUACUGGGAGAGAAUCUCGGUGUUGCUUUUCUUCCGCUUGCUUCGAGUAGCAUGUAUACCAACUUAGGUUUCCAUUGGGCUAGUUCCCUUCUGGGAUUCAUCUCGUUGGUUUUGGCAGCAGCACCAAUUGCUGUCUUUAUCUGGGGCAAGGAGAUCAGGGCUCGAAGUCCAUUUAUGAAGUCGGCUAUGUCAAAGCCCCUAGAGUUUGCCAUGGCACCAUCAGAAUAG